AUGAUGGCGCGCGUCCGCCAGGCACACGUCGCCUUCGCCUCCUCCUCGUCGCGGCAGCGCAUGGUGGGGCGAGGCAGAGAUGCAGUCGCAUCGCCAGUGCUCUCGAGUUAUUUCCCCUUUGCAGACGCCAACACGCAAUCAUGCCCCACCCACAAGGCCGUAAUUUUACCCACGGCGGCGGUGCUCCCUCCUCUGGCGCAUCGUAGACAAUACACACCCUCUUGCCCACCACGACAAAUCGCUCACGCGCCCUCGGACCUCGAGCUCGCCCUCGUGCCCUGUCGCCGUUUGCGUGGCCGUGUCGAACACUUCCGCCAACUCGCCUCCGAGGCAGCAGAGAGCAAAGUGGAGCGGGCACUCAUCGCGGUGCAGCGGCCGGUGGAGGGGAUUAGGGGCCGGCACUCGUCCACCACCGAGAUCGCUAUCCCGGGCGCCCCAAUCAAGACACGCCGCCUCACCUCAAACAAUUCUGGUCCUUUGGUGCGAUGCGGCCCUCCCCAGCCGCCCUUGACAAUCCGUCACACCCGCCCCACCGCAGGGUGA